AUGUCCGGCAAUGCAGCGUGUUCCUCAAAACCCACUCAGGAAGAAUUAGACAUCGAAAAGCUCCUGAACCGCGAAGCUUCUGCUUUCCAGCGAGAGGUGGAAGUGGAACGCAUUUUCAAGGCUUUCAAGCUCAAUCCGUAUGAUAUACUAGAUAUCAAGGAGACUGCCACGGCAGAUGAGAUCAAGAAGAAGUAUCGCCAGCUCUCGCUUUUCAUUCAUCCGGACAAAUGUUCUCAUGAGCGGGCCCCAGAGGCCUUUGAUAUUCUGAAGAAGGCCGAGUCAGAGCUGUCGGAUAGGGCGAAACGUGAGGAACUCGAUGCGGUCAUCAACCAAGCUCGCAUCAUGACCCUCAAGGCGCUAAAUCUUCCAACGACGACUGCCGAAUCGGAUCCGAAGUUGAAGGAUUUGAAUCCAUCUUUUCAACAACAACUGAGAAUUCAAUCUAAGCAACUCUUGAUAGACGAGGAAGUUAGAAGGAGAAAGGCGAUUAAGAUGAACUUGGCAAAUGAGGGCUUAGAGGCUCGAAAGAAGGACGAGGAGGUUGCCCAGAGGAAGCGAAAGGCGGAGGACGACAAAAAUUGGGAAGAUAAUCGUGAGCAGCGUGUUGAUAGCUGGCGUAACUUUGCCAGCUCACAGAAGAAGAAGAAGAAACCCAAGACCGCUAUCCUUGGAUGA